GAGACCUAGUUAUAAGUUUGGAUCCAAGCAUCAUCCAUUAUAAAUGUUCAAUAUGUUACGAACAAUAGUGUUUGUUUUGUUACCACACGUGUUGUGCGCGACACGGACCUGUAAUGGGGACAGUUGUACCAGAAUCAUCGGAGGUGAAAUAUCUGAACAGAACUCGAGGCCUUUUCAGGUAGCUCUGUAUUCGCGAGUGGGCACAACUGGAGAACUGGGUUUCUGUGGGGGCUCUUUAAUACAUCAAGAAUGGAUAAUAACGGCCGCGCAUUGCUGUUUCCACAAUGAAGUGCUUGUCGAUCAUGUGCAGGCAAUUCUUGGAGCACAUUCCUUAUACGAUCGCUAUGAGAAUGGACGCAGAAUUGUCAAUGUUGUUGAUAUUGUGGUGCAUCCAGACUGGGACGCUGACACUUUCACCAAUGAUGUGGCGCUCUUGAAACUCGCCAAUGUCAUACAACUAACAGAUACCAUAGGCAUAGUGCGUUUACCGUAUCUAAGUACGGCGUCGCACAAUUUUGCCGGCUCGGGAGCCACCGUUUCUGGUUGGGGCAUAGUUGCUGAAGGUGUGACAUUCGUUUCACCGACUCUUCGAGAAAAACUGAUGACGGUGAUAACGGAUACUCUGUGCAAUUCGUCUUACAGCAACCUGCUGCCGGCUACCACUGUGUGUGGUAUUACGUCGGAUUCGGGUACUUGCAAGGGCGAUAACGGUGGUCCAAUGACGAUUCCUUACAGCAUGCACCAGGAUGAGGAACCAGAAACGAUAUUGAUCGGAGUUGCAUCGUUUGUGAGUAACACCGGGUGCAAUACGUACCAGCCGUCGGUAUUCACCAGAGUGCAGUAUUACCUGCAUUGGAUUAGCAACGUAACGGGCAUACACAUGCGUAUCUUGGUGUUGCUAGGAGUGGUGGCGGUGGUAACCAGUAACCCACUAAUAGGAGUGAGGAGUCCGUUGUCUUACCAUGAGGAAAUUGGCUUUCCCCUAGCAAAGAGAAUUAAAGAAGCUGAAGACAGAAUCUUCGCUGGAAGGGAUUAUGAUGCCGUGGAGGAACAGGAUGCGAGGAUCGUUGGCGGAGUUGUGGCACCCAGUAAUGCGCAUCCGUAUUUGGCUGGUCUUAUAAUCAACUUCGUGGGUAUCUCAGGCCAGUCGGCUUGCGGUUCGAGCCUCAUCUCGGCCACUCGUCUGGUGACCGCUGCCCACUGCUGGUCGUAUGCACAUCUACAAGGGCAGCAGUUGACUGUGGUGCUGGGUUCCCACUACUUGUUCUACGGCGGCACUCGGUUAUUGACCUCUACAGUGGUCGUGCACCCGCAGUGGAACCAAAAUAAUCUGCACAAUGAUGUCGCUGUCAUCUAUCUUCAACAAAGCGUCGCUUUCUCAGCGAGUAUUCAGCCGAUCGCACUACCAGCAAACCAUUUGAACGAUCAAUUCAUUGGAGAAUGGUCUACGGCUGCAGGAUAUGGCUUCACAAGUGAUCAGCAAACUGGCAUUAAUUUCGAAACCGUAGUGAGUCAGGUGAAUCUGCAAGUAAUCUCUGUGGCACAAUGUCAAGCGAUCUUCGGCGGAUACGUGAUACACAGCACCAUCUGCACCAGUGGUACUGGCGGGGUGGGCAUCUGCAGUGGCGACUCUGGUGGCCCCCUUGUCAUUAAUAAAAAUGGACAGAAUAUAUUGGUCGGUAUCAGUUCAUUCGUAGCUGGCAACGGAUGUGAGCUAGGUUUUCCAUCCGCCUUCGCUCGCGUCACCAGUUUCUACAGUUUCAUAUUGAACAACAUGUAACAAAGGAAUAAAUGUUUAAUGUGUAUGUAAAAUUAAUGACUUUAUUAUUAAAAUCUCUUAAGAUAAGGAUAUGAGGUACAUAGUGUAAAAAAUGUAUAUUAGUAGAUAAGUAAUUUAUAAUUAUAUAUAAUCUGUGAUUGCUAUAUAACGCGUAUCUUAUUUAAAAAGUAUGAUCCGAAAAAAAAACAAAAUAUAUGAAAUUUCUGUGCGUU